CGUUGUUGUUAGCAUUAGCUUGACGCAGGAGGUCAGCUGUUGUUGGCUAGUUUACAGCCUCAUUAGCCGAGUGUUGGAGCCUCGUUAGUCCGUGGGAAAGUGUUGUUCUCUCAGCCUCUCUCCAGCUGUCUAACACCGACACAGCCCAUGUUAGCUAGGAGGCAAGACUCGGAGUUUAUUCAGCUUGCUGGGGAGGAUUUGUUCCGGCUGACAGCUUGGAGCAAACUGUUAGCCUAGCAGCUAAAUUAGCAAGAUACACUGGAAACAAGUAAGGUUAAGACCAGUGUCAUCAACCAUGGCAGGUGGAAUUACAGAGACCGGGGAGCCCUACUCCGCAUUUGUGGGGUUGGUGUAUAUGUUCAAUCUGAUCGUGGGAACCGGAGCUCUGACGAUGCCCAAAGCCUUUGCUACAGCUGGUUGGGUGGUCAGCUUAGCACUCAUCUCGUUUUUAGGAUUCAUGAGCUACAUGACCACCACUUUCGUGAUUGAGGCGAUGGCGGCUGCCAACGCUCAGCUGCGCUGGAAGAGGAGAGAGCAGGAGGAGAUCGAUGACAGCGACUCCACCUCUGAGUAUUCAGAUGAUGACGUCAUGGGCCGAGGCCGAUCUGAGCCGGAGACGAAGCCCAUCUUGUCUGUUCAGAGAUCAGGAGGUCACGUCGAUCAUUUCGACAUCGUGGAGCGGGUUGAGAUGGGUCAAAUGGCCUCCAUGUUCUUCAACAAAGUUGGUGUCAAUAUGUUCUACAUCUGCAUCAUAGUCUACCUGUACGGGGACCUGGCCAUCUACGCAGCAGCUGUGCCUAUAUCACUAAUGGAAGUUGCCUGUGGAAACCACUCCUGCAGCGCUGGAAGUGUCAAGUACAAUGAUACAGACCCGUGCUGGGGCUCUGUCACAAGGAAAGAUGCGUACAGGGUGUUUCUGAGUGUGUUCACCGUUCUGUUGGGGCCUUUUACCUUCUUCAACGCUCAGAAGACCAAAUAUCUUCAGAUCCUCACCUCAUUCAUGCGCUGGAUUGCGUUCACCAUGAUGAUCAUCUUGGCUCUGAUCCGCAUCGGUAAAGGCACCGGCGAGGGCCGACCACCAGUCGCCUCCUUGUCUGGAAUCCCCAACCUGUUCGGGGUGUGCGUCUACUCCUUCAUGUGCCAACACUCCCUGCCCUCCCUGGUGACGCCCAUCUCCGACAAGAAGCGCGUCGGCACCCUGGUGUUAGCGGACUACAUCCUGAUCCUGGGCUUCUACGUCCUCCUCUCCUUCACCGCCAUCUUCUGCUUUAACGGCUCAUUUCUGCACGACAUGUACACCCUCAACUUCACGGACAACUGCGAUGUGUUAGAUAUUCCAGUGCUGCGCUACUUCCUGGGCUUGUUCCCAGUUUUCACCAUCAGCACCAACUUCCCAAUCAUUGCCGUCACACUUCGCAACAACUGGAAGACCCUGUUCCACCGGGACGGAGGCACCUACCCCUGGGUGGUGGACCGCGUCGUGUUCCCCCUCAUUACCCUGGUGCCCCCGAUCCUGGUGGCCUUCUGCACCCACAACCUGGAGUCCCUGGUGGGCAUUACAGGAUCCUAUGCUGGCACAGGGAUCCAGUACAUCAUCCCAGCCUUCCUCGUUUAUUACGCUAGACGCCAUCUGGAGCCUGUGAUGGGCAGAGAUGCCAUCAACAAGCACCAGUCUCCCUUCCGCCACGCCUUCUGGGUGUGGUUUGUUUUGCUGUGGGCCGCCUUCUGCCUCAUGUUUGUCACAGCCAACAUCAUCCUGACUGACACCAGGAAAUGAGAACUCACCGUUACCAGAACUUUCUAAGAAUCUACAUCUGUUCGGCCACUUUCUUUGUUCCUGUACACGAGGCCUUACUUGCUGCUGGUUGGACAGUGUGCCUUUUUAUGGGACUUUUGUUGCAUAAAUUAAAUGUAAUUAAGAGUAAUUUAUCAAAGUUGUUAAAAGGGACCAAAUGUCAGUGCAUGAAAAUAUAGAAGGGAAUUUCUUAAAAUGAUCUUUUGUCAACAAACACCUGACAGUCUGAGGCUCGCACAAGAUUUUGCACUUCUAUCAGUUUCUAGUUCAGUAUGCUUCAAAUGAAUCAGUUCAUUAGAAGUUUCAGACACGUGUAUAAGCUGUAUAAGGUUGCUUUGUCAGAAGCAGGGACAGGGAGUGUCAGAUGCAGUUUUAGCAAGCCUCACUCAAACCCCAAACUAUGGGGGAGUUAAGAGUGUGGAGGUGCUGAAUGAUCCUCUGGACCUUCAGGGCAGAACGUUCCAAUAAAAAUAUAUUAAAGCAAUUGAAAGAGCCGAGCGGUGUCAAGAAAAAGAGCCUGUCACGUCCGGAGUCGUGUCCUGAUGCGAAACUGCUUGGCAUCAGCACAGCUUAAUAAUGAAAUUGGAACAGAAACCAACAGAAGAAGAGUAACGAACAAAUCAGGGACGAUCGGUCUUUCAUGGCUGACGUGUAUCCAUUCCUCAGCGGUGGCUGCCUCCGAUCUCCUCGUCCCCCCUUGUGAACAAUGAAGCUCCGUCCGUGACAGAUCCAGACAGAUAGGCCUCCAGGAAGAGCUCCAUCUCUGUUUAUCACCAGACACUCGCGCCUCUAGUUCACACACAGGGCAUGUCAUCGUCUCUUACUGCUCAGUGGCCAUCCAUGACUCUGUCAGGCUCGUACUGUAUCUAUCACACAGCCCAACACCUGACAGGAUAAUGGUGAUCUACAGUGCUUCAGCUCUGGCUGUGGGGAAGCCAUCAGCGGCCCAAAGUGAGGGCUACUCCUGAGCCGACUGUGACUGCACAGCUUCAUACACCACACUCUGUACUAUAGUUCAAUGAUGCUGAUUUCACUGACACUUGGCAGCUUUCUCUCUGUAGUUGUGCCUAUGUUAAUGAACCCAGUUAUUGCCCUUACAUCUCUGUCUCUGACCCGUCUAAUGGCUCUGUCUCUGAUUUUCAUAAUUCAUGAAAUACUUCUUAAAGGCUUGGCACACACAAAGUACAAAAAAGCUUAUGUUUGUUGAUCUGAGUGGAAUUCAGAAUGUUUUUGUAGGUGAAUGAAAUCUUAUUUGUGGUGCUCUCAGUCCACCUUGCUGCAGACUGCGAGGGGUGAUUGAUUAGUUCCUGUCCUAAGGUAAAAGAAGACGUACUGCUCAACUCUCUGAGUGAUUCUGCAGAAAGUUUGAAGUUAAUAACUUUUUUGUUUUUGUCUGUUUGAGGGAACUGAAAACUGAAAGUCAGCUCUGUCUGAGGAAAUGGUCAGAGCAGCACUGACAUCAUCAUCACCCUCUUCGUAUUGGAGAGGAGGUGGUACUCUGAUCAGGUGAACAGGGCAGGUGUUGGACGAGUUCACAUUCAUUCAGCAGAUGACUGCACAAAGGUUGAUGUCGUCCAUUUUCUCAGACAGAGCUGACUGAAUUUUCAAUGAGUUGAAACAGAAAAAACACAAAACAUCAACUCCACAGCCUCUAAAUGAAUCACUCAAAGAGCUGAACUUCACAAGCUGUUUAACUCGUUUCUGCCUCUGUCCAUAAUUCUCUUUACAUCCAGACUGUGAUGGUUAUUAUUGCUCACAUAAUAUCCUGAUAUGAAGGCUACAUAUCAUCAGGGAUCUCACUUACUGGGAUGAUGUUGUUAAAGGCUUUUUUAUGCUUAAGAGACGCAACAUUUCUGAGCUUAUUUGACUGUUGUCACCACCUGUUCAAUAUUUCAAUAUUCCUGUAGCACAAACAGCUUUUUACCUUUUUUUUCUUCUGAAAAUAUAAAUAACCUGAAAAAAAUCCUCCAGUAAGUUUUCCUCCAGUUAUCCAUAAAGACCUUCUCUCAGCACAUAUCUUGGCUUAAACUUCAAUAAAAUGAACGGCAGCACAGGUACACUGUUGGACAGAGAGGCGUCUCUGCCUGUGAUGCUGCUGGAUGUAGUUAAAAACACAUUCAUUCAUUCUAAAACACUGCUGGUUGUCUCUCACAGCGUCUGCAGAACAAUACGGUCACAUGUUUACGUUCUCUCCUCUGUGCUGUUUGGUUUCAUCCUCCCACAGUCUGAUGUUUCUUUCGUACAAGCAUUUUACCCUCGGAUGCAGCAGAUAUUUAUAAUUUAAUCUGGAGGCGAAUAUAUGAGUGUGUGUGUGUGUGUGUGUGUGUGUGUGAGAGAGAAUGAUUAGAUAUUAAACGUUUGAUGUGGUUUCGAUGACUCUUGUCGGGAGUUGUGAAAUGUGCCUUUUUACAGGGUUAUUUUUUCGCCCUAAACUUAUCGACUCCGCUGUUUUUUUCCUCAUCGUGUGAAAAGCAGCUCGCCAGACAACAUCUGCAUGUAAGCCACUUCAUUUAGCAGACAAUCAGUGUGUCUCCAGAAAGACUCUCUAAUCCUUCUCUUGUCUUUUCUAUAAUUUCUGUUCUUUUUUUGUCACAUGGAUUUUCCUUAAGUUCACAGUGUUUCUUAGAGUUUUAUUGUCUCAGUUUUGAUCCGUGUUUCCGGUGUUUGUUUACAUCCCUUUGGCCAGCCUGUGAUUCACCAGUUUGUAUGGAUGUUUACUGCUUUACUGCUUUAAUGGAUGUUCUGUUGGAUUCUUAUCAUUCACAAAGGAAAUAAAGGCUUUACGUUCA